CCCCGCUCCCUCGUCCACCCACAGUGCAGCAGCGCCUGCCUGCCGCAUCCCGCCGCCAUGUCCGCGUCCGACACGCGCCGCCGCGCCGAGAUCGAGGCCAAGCGCGCCAAGCUCGCCGAGCUCAAGCGGGCGCGCGAGGAGCGCAGCUCGCGCAUCGCCGCCGGGCGCGCGGCCGGCAGCGGCCUCGUCUCCGAGGCCACGACGCCGGCGUCGCGCAAGGACAUCGACGACCUCGUCGGCUCGCUCCUCGGGCACCGCGGCGGCAGCAGCGGCGUCAGCAGUCCCAGCCACGCCUCGGCGCCGCUGCCGCUCGACGGCGCCAGCAGCAGCAGCCCGCGGCGCCCGACGGCCGCGGCGACGGACUCGGAGUACGCCGAGAGCGCCGUCGGCGGCAGCUCGGUGCCGGGCAUCCGCGUCGAGCGCGGCGAUGGCGAGGUGGUCGGCAUCGCAAAGUCUGAGCCAGACGAGCCAGCCAAAGAGUACUACACCAAGGAGGUGCAGACAGCUGCGCCCGUCGAGCGCGUCUACUACACCAAGGAGGUGCAGACGACCGCCGUCUCGCCGCCUCUGUUGCCGACGGCGCCUGCAAGCGCGGCGCCUGCAUUGCCGACGCUAGAUGGGGCAGCAGAUGGGAAGCGGGAAGAGGAAAAUGAGGACGAGGCAGACAAGUCGAUGCGGCAGGAGGAGGAGCAGCUCGAGCGCGAGAUCGAAGAGGGCCUGCGUGAGCUGAGCAUUGCCGAGCUCGGCGCCAUCUACUCGGCGCCCGACUUCAGCGACUUUGUCGAGCUCAGCUCCAAGAUCGUGGAGCGGGCACUGACGGACUCAUACGACUUCAUGAAGGACUACAGGGCCGACGGCGUGGCUGUCGAUGAUGAUGAGGAAGGGCGGCAGGUCAAGCGUGCACGGACCUUCUGGGACGAGAAGCUCUGCCGCGGCCGGAGCUUGACAGAUCUCGACUGGUCGACCAAGCACCCUGAGCUUGUCGUGGCGAGCUAUAGCCGGGCCGAAAAUGGCGCUUCAGACGAGCCGGACGGGCUUGUCCUCGUGUGGAACAUGCACCUCGCAGACCGGCCCGAGUUCGUCUUUCACGCUCAGACGGACGUGCUCUCCGUGCUCUUCUCGCCGUUCAACCCGAGUCUCAUCAUCGGCGGCACGUACAGCGGGCAGAUUCUCAUCUGGGACACGCGGGCGCGGUCCUUGCCCGUGCUCAAGACGCCUCUGUCCGCAACGGGCCACACACAUCCCGUCUACUCGCUGCAGAUGGCCGGCACGCAGAACGCGCACAACCUCGUCAGCGCCUCGACCGACGGGCUUGUGUGCAGCUGGACGCUCGACAUGCUGGCGCGCCCGCAGGAUGCGCUCGAGCUCGUCAAUGUGCACCACAACAAGACGGACGAGGUGGCUGUUGUGUGCAUGGGCUUCCCGGACCAGGAGACGAUCAACUUCUGCGUCGGCACGGAGGAAGGCCACAUCUACGCCGCGAACCGCUUUGCGCGUGCCGGCGCCCAGGCUGGCCUCGAUGCGCACGAGGUGUAUCGCUCGCAUGAGGCGCCCGUCACGAGCAUCCACUUCCACCCACUCGCCGGGCCCGUCGACUUCAGCGACCUGUUUCUGAGCACGAGCAUGGACUGGACCACACGGCUGUGGCGCGUCAAGGGCGGCGUCGCGGGCGCGUCGGGGCGGCCAUCGAGCUCCGCCAGCGGCAGCCUUCGGCCACUGCACACUUGCGAGGAGGCGACGGACUACGUGUACGACGCCCGCUGGCACCCGCUGCACCCAGCUCUGUUCGCACAGGUCGACGGCUCAGGGCACCUGGAUUUGUUCAACCUCAACGUCGAUGCCGAGCGACCUGUCAUCUCGACGGCCGUCGGCUCGGGCCAGCCGCUCAACAAGGUGGCAUGGGACCGGCGCGAGGGCCGGCGCGUCGCGACUGGCGGCGCCGACGGCAGGCUGUACGUUUUUGACAUUGGCGCGCUCGCCGUGCCGCGCGAGGACGAAUGGCUGGCGUUGCGCAAGACAAUCGGCCACCUGCUCGUCGCUAGCGGCCAGGACCUGUCGAUCAGCGGCGCCGCCGUGAAUGCGGCCACUGCGGGAAGCGAUGGUGCCGGACUCUCCGCCGCGCGAGACCUCGAAUGGCAGAGCCAGCGCACGGCUGCCGCGGCUCGCUAGGCACCGCGCUGGCUGCUCUUGCCUCUUGCCUUAUCCGUGCUGCAUCCUCAACCCCAUUGUAUUCUACCGAGUCACAUUACACCUCCCUCGCGCCU